AUGGCGAAGAGAACCGGGGACGAUGGUGGGAAGAAGGCUGGAAAGGCGGCGGGCGUCUCGAGAAAGGUGAGCGCCAUGGCCAAGGCGGCGGCCAUCGCCAAGGAAGGUUUGAAGCGACCGGCGAAGUACUUCGAGGCGAACGAGCGAUCGGAUUCGGGAAGGAAUAAAGCCGCAAAAUUAGCCUCGGUGUCUUCACCGGGAUCCGAUAUCGAUAGUCCUGAAUUUUUGCGUCAAGUUAAGACGCCUGGGGCGAGGACGCCGUCGCGCGGGCGAGGGCGGCCGCCGAACAGCUCCAAACUCGGCAAGGCGGCAGCGGCGGCGGCAGACGCGGCGAAUCGAGCGAAUGGAGUCGUGAACGUCAACGAAGCGCACAUGCCGCAGUCUACGGCGUGGGGUGGGGCGUACCGCAUGCUUCAAAGCGCGUACGAGAAGCUGCAAACCAAGUACGACCAGCUCAAGGCGAAGAAGCUUCAAGAUCUCAUGAAUGAGGCCGAGCGACAGCAAGGAGUGUUGAUGGAUCACGAGCGCAAGGCGGAUGAGUUAGUGCAUCACUUGCGCACCGAAGCCGAUCGUCAGCGAGACAUUGCCUCUCGCGCCGAGGGCGCGAGCGAAAAGGUGUACGCGCUCGAGCGCGAAAACGCCGAGUUGCGCGAAACCGUUUUGGCGUACCAAGGGAAGAUGCUUCGCAUGGAAGAAGAGCUCGAAGCCACGCGCGCGGGUGCGAGUGGACGUGCCGGUGGGAGCGGCCGCGAUGGUGAUUUUGGCGCGUUCGAACUCGAGGCGCUCACCGGCUUGCGAUGGCAAGAAAAGUCUCAAGGCGUGCACCACUUCACGCACAUCGGCACCGGCUUCACCUUCCGACUCAGCGCCGCCGAGGGCGAAGACGGCGAACCCACGGGCGAGGAUCCUAUGCGUCCGCCGAAACCCGGUCGUCGCGUCGCCGACGAGGUCGCGUGCGUGCCGCUCGGUUUCGGCAACAUCGAAGGUCUCGUGCCGAGCUUCCUCGCCGAGCCCAUGGAUUUCGACACCACCGACAUGCCCGUGUUCACGUAUAAAUUACUCCAGGCCCUGCACACCGCCGCGCUGCAGCGCGCCGGUGUCUCCGCGCAGCGCGCAGCGUGA